UUCGCUUUAUCCAGCUCGCCGUUUCAAGGUCAGUAGCUUGGCUUUGGCUUCCAUCUUCUUCUUCUUCUUCUCCAUUCCUCCUUUUGAUUACAUUUGGAAGUUUAUCUGGCCUUCCAAUGAUUUCUUCCUUCCUUCUCCCCCAGUCAAUUCAUGCUGUCAGUGGAGCGGUUUUGGUCUUUUGAUCGAUCUCUCUGAUAGCUAGGAUGAAUUUUUUUUUCUCCUAGUCCUUCCCCAGUCAAUGAACGAUGGGUCAGCUAAUUUCCGUCGAUCGUUUCAGUUAUAGAGCUAGGUUACUGAAUUAGGGGUUUCGUGCGUGUUGUGAUAUCGAGCUGAUUGAACAUAUUUCAGGCCCUGGCUCUGGAAAGCUACUUAGACUCCAGCCACCAGGGAGGAGUGCCUUCCAUGGCACCCUCUCGUGUGGUUGGAGGGUUAGCCCAAUCUUCCUCAAGUUCUGGAAUUUUCUUUCAGGGGGAUGGGCACUCCCAGGCUGUACAUAACUCUCACUUAGCCUCAUCAUUUGGGAACUCAUCCAGUUCGAUUCCUGGGACUGGGCGUCCCAACCUGGGUCCAGUUUCUGGGGAUAUGAAUAAUGCUGUUUUAAACAGUGUCGCAAAUUCUGGGCCAAGUGUUGGGGCAAGUUCAUUGGUGACUGAUGCGAAUUCGGCAUUCUCUGGAGGAGGCCCUCGUUUGCAGAGAAGUGCCAGCAUUAACACAGAGUCGUACAUGCGCUUGCCAGCUUCACCUAUGUCAUUUUCUUCCAAUAACGUAAGCAUCUCUGGCUCUUCAGUUGUCGAUGGUUCUUCGGUGGUGCAGCAAGGAAAUCACCAAGAAUCUAGUGCACCACAGCACCAGCAAAGUCAGCAGCAGCAACAACAUGGGGCUUCAAGUGCUACAUCUUUACCCUCAUCACAAAAUGGGCACAUGUCACUUCCCAUGGAUGGACGAGUUCCUGGAUCUUAUUUUCAGGACCCUAAUUUAUCACAGGUACAAAAGAAGCCCCGGUUAGAUAUCAAGCAGGAAGAUAUUCUGCAGCAGCAAGUGUUGCAGCAGAUGUUGCAGAGGCAGGACCCCAUUCAGAUGCAGGCGCGUAACCCACAACUACAAUCACUGCUUCAGCAGCAGAGACUGAGGCAGCAACAGCAGAUUCUCCAAUUUAUGCCACCGAUGCAGAGAGCCCAAUUUCAGCAACAGCAGCAGCUGCAGUUGAGGCAGCAGCAAAUGCAGCAACAACAACACCAACAACAGGCCAUGCAGCCGACAUCUGUUCCCGUUAAGCGUCCCUACGAUGGGGGUGUAUGUGCUCGACGGAUGAUGCAGUAUCUGUAUCAUCAGCGACAGAGGCCAGCUGAGAAUACUAUUGCAUAUUGGAGAAAAUUUGUAGCAGAGUACUAUUCCCCUCGGGCAAAGAAAAGGUGGUGCUUGUCAUUAUAUGAUAAUGUUGGGCAUCAUGCACUAGGGGUAUUUCCCCAAGCAGCAAUGGAGGCAUGGCAGUGUGACAUCUGUGGUUCGAAGUCCGGAAGAGGAUUUGAGGCAACUUUUGAAGUGCUACCUCGACUUAAUGAAAUAAAGUUUGGUAGUGGCGUCAUCGACGAGCUUUUGUUUUUGGACCUGCCUCGUGAAUGUAGAUUUUCUUCUGGAAUAAUGAUGCUGGAGUAUGGUAAAGCAGUCCAGGAGAGUGUAUAUGAGCAACUUCGUGUUGUUCGUGAGGGCCAGCUUCGUGUUAUAUUCACCCACGAUUUGAAGAUAUUGUCCUGGGAAUUUUGUGCACGGCGCCAUGAAGAACUGCUUCCUCGUAGGGUGGUAGCUCCUCAGGUAAAUCAGCUGGUACAGGUUGCACAGAAGUGUCAGAGCACAAUUUCUGAAAGUGGAGCUGAUGGUGUUUCACAGCAGGAUCUCCAAGCAAGUAGCAAUAUGGUCCUGACAGCUGGGCGCCAGCUUGCUAAGAGUUUGGAGUUACAGUCUCUGAAUGAUUUGGGGUUCUCCAAAAGAUAUGUUAGAUGUUUGCAGAUCUCCGAGGUUGUCAAUAGCAUGAAGGAUUUGAUUGAUUUCUGUCGGGAACAAAAGGCUGGGCCAAUUGAGAGCCUAAAAGUUUACCCUCGGCAUAAUAACUCUGCAGCCAAGCUCCAGAUGCAAAAGAUGCAAGAAAUGGAGCAGCUGGCAAGCUCUCAGGGUGUACCUACUGACCGGAACACCCUCAAUAAGCUGAUGGCUUUGCAGCCCUCUGCUGGAAUAAAUACUGCCAUGAACGUCAACAACAACAAUAAUCACCACUUCGGUAAUCGAGGAGCAGUAGGUUUAAGUGGUUCGGCCCAGGCUGCAUUGGCCCUUUCCAACUACCAAAAUCUUCUCACGAGGCAAAACUCCAUGAAUUCAAACUCCAGCUCGCUUCAACACGAACCUCCUUCAUCUUCCUUCAACAAUAAUUCUGCCCCAAGUCCAUCUUCCAACUUCCAAGGACCUGCUGGUUUCCCUCCCGGAGGACCCAUGCAAAACUUACACCAACAACAACAGCAGCAACAUCAGCGUUCAUCGAGUUCCAAUAAUUUGUUUCAACAAAACCAUCAUCAACAAAGCUCUCAAGGCAGCAAUCAGGCAUUGGAACAGCAGAUGAUACAGCAACUGCUGCAGGAGAUGUCAAAUAACAGUAGCGGGGGAGGAGGAGCUCAGCUGCAGCGUUCUGUUUCUGCACAGAAUGGGAAUGGUGGUUCUGCAGGAAGGAACAGUGUGGGCCCUGCCAUCUCUGGAGGUAGACCUGCAGCAAGUCGGAGCAACAGUUUCAAAGCUGCUGCUGCUUCACCCAGUGAUUCGUCAGCUGGUGGUGGUGGCGGCAGUGGCAGUGGCAGUGGUUAUAAUAAUAACAAUCAAAAGGUUGGGGCCAUGCCUAAUCAGAAUUUGCAGCAGCUGCAGGAUGACAUGCAAGAUAUCGCUGCUGAGUUUUCAGAUAGUGGGUUUUUUAACAGUGACCUUGGCGAUACUAUGGGCUAUGACUGGAAAGCAUAAUAAACAACUUCUGGUUUUGGCUCUUAGCUUAGUUGUUUGGUUUUAUUGAAUGAGUUUUUUGGCCAUCUCGUUUGUACAGAAUUAUACUCUCCCCUCCCAGAACCGUUUAUUGCGAAUCGUAAGGGAACAAAACUUAUUGUGCUUAAAUAGGUAAUAGCUGCCAUUAUUCCUCCGUUUUUCUGGUCAUGCAAUUUGUAAUGUACUAUGAUGAUAACUAGUAAGCUAAUAUGAUAUACAUUUUCAUUAUCAAUGGUAAUCGAUGAUAACGAAUGCCCCCAUAGUAACCGAAGCCAUAGCAUGGAGAUGGCUUCAAGUUGUUCAUGACCGAUGAUCGGCAAUUAGUCGCUCUUAUGACAAUCUUCACACUCAGGAGCUAGCCUGGUGGGAGGCAUCCCCUUGAUCCCUUGAUUCUCUCCCCAAAAGUCUGACAACAAAACUGCGCAAAAGAGAAGCUGCAAUUCUUCUCCCUCGUAGGGAUGCACUGGCCGCUUCACUAGAUUCUGUUUCGGGAGUGUACUCUAAGGAGCACUCUCCAGUGGAGUCAGUUAGCUCGACGUCAAAUGGUUUCAUGAGCUGCUGUCCAGCUGCUUGAACAUGAGAGAGACUGAUGUAAUGUAAACCAUCUAUCUCUUGUCUCUGAGCUCUGCCAAGUAGCUCAACUUGCAGAAUCCCUCCUAUGCAAAGUACCGGUUCUGGCAGCUUGAAUUUUUGCAGUUGGCUUUCCUGCAGCCAUGGGAAAUUCAGGGGAGGUGUAAGACCAGACAAAAUGGUCAUCUCUUGGUCUAUGGCCAUAUGUAACAAUCGCUAUAUCAUCCUCCAACUCCAUUGGGAACUUUGAAUGACCGAGUCUAAACCGAACGCUUUUUGAUGAGUAUAUAGGGAACCCAUACUGGAAGUACGCUUGAAAAGGCUGAACAUGGAUUUCAGUGACUAGACAUAACUUGGAUGCCAACUUGUAAACUAAUCUCUCAGGAACGUCUGGAUUGGCUUGCCCUUUACUAGACCAGUAGGAUGCUCGAUCCUCAACUCUAUCGCCUGCCUCCAAGGUAUUCUGAAUCGUCUCUUCUGGGUAAUUAUCUGUGCUGGAUGCACAGAUGGCCUCCGAGAUGCAGUCUUUCGUCACAACUGGAGAAAGGCCACGUGCCAGAAACGCGUAGACUCUAUGGUUCCUCUUGAGCCACUCCCAGCUCCUUCUACAGUCACUAAUCCGACCUACCGGUUCAAUCAGAUUAUCCACUUCAAUGAGAUCAACGUUACUACACAUUCCAGGAAACUUCCUC